AUGUUAGUGGGCAGGUUCCCGACUGAACUGAACGACAGGGAAUCCAAGAGAGCCAGAGUGAUUGCCACGCCCUUAAUCGGGUUCUCGGAGGAGGACAAACAAGGAACCCUUCAACCCCACGAUGAUGCCUUAGUCGUCACGCUCAGAAUUGAAGGUUAUGACGUGAAAAGGGUGUUAGUUGAUCAAGGCAGCGCCGUGGAAGUAAUGUACCCUGACUUGUAUAAGGGGUUGAACUUGAAGCCAGAAGACCUGUCGCCAUACGAUUCCCCUCUGGUCAGCUUUGAAGGAAAAACCGUCACCCCAAAAGGCAUGAUUAGGCUGCCUGUGCAAACAGACUCAAACGUGAUGGAGGUGAACUUCAUUGUGGUAGACGCGUACUCCCCCUACACAGCUAUUGUGGCCCGACCGUGGUUUCAUGCACUAGGGGCUGUGCCAUCAACCUUGCACCAAAAAGUGAAGUAUCCGUCAGGAGGUCAAGUCAAAGAAAUAAUGGGGAACCAAGGAAUGGUUAGGCAAUGCAUGGUGUCGGCUCUUACGACGACCGAAUGGUGA